GAAGAAUGCAACCCACCGCAUGAAACUGUAAAUCUCAGAAACGGAAGCUGCUUUCGAGGAUUGUGGAUGAGGACCGUGACGUCGUUUUUGGGAAAAUGAAGUGGCGCUCUUACCACUUUCUAGCCGAACCCCAGUGGAAGAACAAGCACGAGGGAGUCAGACGCAGGUGCUUCCGUGUAAAUGCGUGUAAAGAGAUGCUGGCCGUGACCCAGAAACGUAACGGGAGUGAGUGACCCGUGUGCCAUCAGUUUUGCGAAGGUGGUACUUGGGAUUUCGGGCGAAGCUCCUGAUCGGAGAGAAUCCUUCUUCUCGCGCACGCCCGGUUCGAUUUCUCUCGUUCUUUGUCUGUAGCAGCCAUGAAUUCGCGCUUACUCUUGAGGCAAGCGAGGAUCGGAGGCCCGAAGAGCGCUCUGAGUUGGCUCAGUUCCUUCCAUCUAUCGAGAUCUCUCCAUUCUUUACCUUUCGCGACAGUAAAUGCGGAGGAAAUAUCAGGCUCACAACCUGCUGAAGUAGAAAAUUUUGUGCAGGGUUACUGGACCAAAUCGAAAAAUUGGAACGAGAUUUUGGAUCCUCUAAAUGGAGAACCUUUCAUUAAAGUUGCUGAGGUGGAUGAAACAGAAAUACAGCCAUUUGUGGAGAGCUUACUUAAGUGCCCGAAACAUGGUUUACACAAUCCCUUUAAAGCACUGGAGAGGUAUCUUUUGUAUGGAGAUAUAUCAGCUAAAGCAGCUCACAUGCUUGCGCUGCCAAAGGUCUCUGAUUUCUUUACCCGUUUAAUACAAAGAGUUGUGCCAAAGAGCUACCAGCAGGCUUUUGGUGAAGUUCACGUUACACAGAAGUUUCUGGAGAAUUUUUCUGGGGAUCAGGUUCGUUUCCUAGCAAGGUCCUUUGGGGUACCUGGAAAUCACCUUGGACAGCAAAGUCAUGGUUUCCGCUGGCCAUAUGGCCCUGUUGCCAUUGUCACUCCCUUUAACUUCCCGCUAGAGAUCCCUGUUCUGCAGUUGAUGGGUGCACUCUAUAUGGGCAACAAACCUGUUCUUAAAGUUGACAGCAAGGUGAGUAUUGUUAUGGAGCAAAUGAUGCGAUUGCUUCAUCACUGUGGGCUACCGGUGGAAGAUGUUGACUUCAUAAAUUCUGAUGGAAAGGCAAUGAACAGGCUAUUAUUAGAGGCAAAUCCCCGCAUGACUCUUUUCACUGGUAGCUCGAGAGUAGCUGAAAAGUUGGCAACUGAUCUGAAGGGUCGCAUAAAGUUGGAAGACGCAGGGUUUGACUGGAAAGUUCUGGGGCCUGAUGUACAAGAGGUGGACUAUGUAGCAUGGGUUUGUGAUCAGGAUGCAUAUGCAUGUAGCGGUCAGAAAUGCUCUGCUCAGUCAAUACUUUUUAUGCAUGAGAACUGGUCUAAAUCUUCACUUAUAUCGAAAAUGAAAGUUCUUGCCCAAAGACGGAAGUUAGAGGAUUUAACGAUUGGCCCUGUCCUCACUUUUACGACCGGACAAAUGUUGGAUCACAUGAGUAACUUGCUUCGCAUACCAGGUUCAAAGCUGCUCUUUGGCGGCGAACCUUUAGAGAAUCAUUCUAUACCACAUAUAUAUGGUGCCCUAAAGCCAACAGCAGUCUAUGUUCCGAUUGAUGAAAUUUUGAAGGAUCAAAACUUUGAGCUUGUCACGAGAGAAAUAUUCGGACCAUUCCAGGUUGUCACCGAGUAUAAGGAUGAUCAACUGCCGAAGAUUCUCGAUGCUCUUGAGCGGAUGCACGCACAUUUGACGGCAGCUGUGGUUUCAAACGAUCCCCUCUUUCUUCAGGCAAUUAUUGGAAAAACAGUAAAUGGGACUACAUAUGCUGGACUGAGGGCAAGAACAACCGGAGCUCCUCAAAAUCACUGGUUUGGGCCUGCCGGAGACCCGAGGGGUGCAGGCAUCGGUACCCCGGAAGCGAUACAGCUCGUGUGGUCUUGCCACAGGGAGAUCAUAUACGACAUCGGUCCGCUGCCAAAACACUGGGAAGUCCCGCCAUCUACCUGAUUUUCGCUGCAAGAAAGAAGAGAUAAGUGCACGAGGAACCGUGCACCGAGAACAUCUCCUCGAAUACUUGGUACGGCUGAGGAAUGUCCUUUGGACCCCUUCAGUUUUCUCUCUUACUCAGGAUAGGAAGUAGUUUAAGUCGGCGCCACAGGUAACAUUCGAUAAUAUCUGCUGAUAACUGUAAAAGUUGGAGACGACGCCCUGAGAAAUGGAAGCAUUCUGCUAUAUCGGGGGUGUGCGAUUGCGUACGGAUCGAAUAUCCGCUUAACGGGGUUGUGGUUGUGGCUGCUCUUUGAUGAUUGAACUGGGCAGAAAUCCAAUUUGUGCUCCUCUGCUAAGAUUAAGGUUUGGGUAAGCAUUCUGCCCAUCGUGGUUUGAACUUCAAUCCA